AUGUUUAUUCAAAGGAUUGUCGGCGUCCUCUCGGCGAGCGUCAUCUUCUUCCACACUUCCUCUGCCCUCGUGGCACGAAAAGCAUCGGCAUCAGCCUCAUCGUCGUCCCUUGCAAUUGCGGCAACCGUCUACGCUGGAAACGCUACCGCGAAAGGCUUUCCAGGUGUUACCAGAGACAACGGAGGCGGCGGAAAGGUUAACGGGCACAAUGUCAUUGUCUUUGGCGAUACUCAGACGCCAAUUGACGGGCCGACGAAUUCCAGUUGGCAAUCCAAUACAUACACUUACGUUCCCGAUACCUCAAACCCUCUGGCAGUCCAAGACUUUGGAAGCAACGGCCACCCGGAACUGAUGGUGCCGUGGGGCGAAGGCGAGGGCAAUGCCACUGACCCGACGGAUCAUAGCAACUGGUUCAUUUGGCCCGACAAUCCCCUUGCCACGCAAUUUAACAAUGGAUCCGACUUAGAGGCGUACGCUGUCUAUGGGGUUGGUUUACGUACACCCCGAACUUGGUAUUACAACACGCUAUGCAAAAUCACGGCCAACGAUACUGGCCUUACUGUCACGCGCCCUGUUCAGAAAUACAUCACUCCGGACUUCCAGUAUAAGUGGGGUUGGGCCGUCGCUUCCCAUACUGACGGAGAGAUCCGACUCUUCGCCGUCCAAGACGAAAACCUGUAUAUUGCCAAGGUCCCUUGGGACGAGAUGGAAGAUACUUCAAAGUUAACUUACUGGGAUGGCACAAGCUGGUCGAAGAAAGAGGCCUCGGCAGCUUCCAUCGCCACCGGCAGCUUCGCUUCUGGCGACGUUUUCUGGUCACCACACCACCAAAACUGGGUCGCCAUGUUCAUGGGUGAAGCGACAACCGGCUCGACCUUCUAUGUUAGCAUCUCUACAAGCGGAAACGAGUGGGGGCCUUACACGGAAGCGCAGAAGAUCUUUGAUCCCCCAUGGGACCAGGGGAUCUUUAAUUACGGGGGACACGCUUAUUCGCAAUUCUUCGACACCGACGCAAAGGAUGUUUUGGUGAGUUGGACAGUCAGCGGUGCUUAUACCCAAAUGGCCAAGGUGACGUUCGAUCCCUGA